UUGUCAGUAACUGAGCCCACCCUUCACACAGUGCAUGAGGGGGGACCGAGCCAGACAGUGACGGACCUGAUCCCCCUCCACUCAUCGGCUGCCUGUCACACCAGCACCACGAUACCGAGCCGGAGCCGGAUCGGCCGCGCGCUGUGCCACCUGGCCGGGAUGGAGGGAGACAUGCAGCCCGCUGAUGAAGGGCCCUGCGCCCCCAAGAUGUGCCGACAACAACGGGGACCGUUCAGCACCCUGAAGCCCUUCCAGAGCAAGCGGUCUGCGGGCAAGUCGCGCUUUGACAGGUCCGCUGUGGUCGAGCUGCCGCUGUUUGGAGACGGACAUCACUUCACUUUCCAUCCGGAGCAGCCGCACCAUUUCCAGCCGCACCAUCACCAAAACCACCACCAAAACCACCACCAGCAGCAGCGUCUGCAGCCGCUCCACCAGACCAGCGUCUCGAUCAGCAGCAGCCAGCAGCAGCAGCAGCAGCAGGAUCGCUUCCCCUGUGAGACCACCAGGCCCAGCAGCAGGGUCCCCACAUCCACCUCAGCGGCGGCGGCAGCAGCAUCUCCUGGUACCCAGCAGCGGCGCGCCAGCAGCGGCAGACCGGAGCCCAGGUUCUCCCCAGACUGCACCUACGGGAUCAGCUCAGAGAACCGUCUGAUCCUGGAUGCCUUCGCCCAGCAGUGCAGCCGAGUCCUCAGCCUCCUGAACAACGGCCGUCUCCUGGAGCCCUCCUCCUCCUCCUCUUUCACCUCCAACAUCAAGCUGGAGGACGGGCCGGGGGAGGUCCAGGGGCUCCACUGCUCCUCGCUUGGCAAGUUCAAACCUGAAGAGAGCUCCUCCACCACCACAGACCCAGAGGAGGAGGCCCAACCAAGCCAUCUGAACCAACAACAGACCUCCGCUGUCCUCCGCAUCUUCACAGACUCCCUACAGAACUAUCUGCUCUCAGGGCCCCAGCAGCAGCAGCACCACCUGGCUGCAGGUCUGGAGGAGGAGCAGAGUCCGUCUGCAGAGCCCGGAUCAGGGUUGUCUCCGCCAAGACACACCCUGGGAGGCUGGGGAUCCCCCACGCCGUCAGAGUCCUACGGCCACCCGUCCUCCACGCUGCCGGAGGAGGAGGAGGAGGAGGAGAACUGCUGUCCACGCUGCCUGGAGCUGGAGCAGGAGGUGCUGUCUCUGCAGCAGGAGAACGAGGAGCUCCGCAACAAGCUGGAGAAUAUUCCAGCUCCCUGUCAAAACGUCCUCGACUACUUCAAGGCUGUUCUGGAGUUUCACAACCAGCUGGUCCAGCCGAUGCCAGAGGAGCAGCUCACCGAGGAAGAAGAACGGCAGACAGUCUUUGAGGGCAGCAAGCAGCUCCUGGAGAACUAUCCUCUCUUCAUCUCUAACAAGCAGUGGGACGAAGCCGUCAACUCCUCCAAGAAGGACGGCCGGCGGCUGCUGCGCUACCUGAUCCGCUUCGUCUUCACCACCGACGAACUCAAGUUCUCCUGCGGUUUGGGCAAGAGGAAGCGUUCAGUCCACUCAGGAGAGCCGGGCCUGGAGAGACGACCGCUCAACCCUGUUAAAGUCAGCUGCCUCAGAGAGUUUAUCCGGAUGCACUGUGCCUCUAACCCGGACUGGUGGAUGCCGUCGGAGGAGCAGAUCAACAAAGUGUUCAGCGACGCGGUGGGCCACGCCCGCCAGGGCCGAGCGGUCGGCACCUUCCUGAGCAGCAGCGGCAGCAGCACCAGCAGCCUCUACAUGGACGCCUUCGACGGACACCUGUCGCAGGACGAACUCUACCUGAAAGGCUGCCACAACGGUCAGUCGGACUGAAGGACGAAUUCAAAGACAAAUGCCGGAAAUGUAGCUGUACAACAACAACAUAUCCCAACACUGACCUUAACCUGUCACUUUACACGGUGAAGAAACAUUCCAGUUAUCAGACACACACACACUACUCUCUCUCCCAAGCUGUUCCACUAUUUGUAGCUUUUUUGCCAUUUUUAUACCUUCGAUUUUGUUCAGUCAAAGUUUGACUGUUUUGAGGUGUUUUUAAAAAUUUUAGUCUUCCAUUUGAGACUUUUUCUAUCGUUUGAUGUUUUGAGCAGUUAAAUGAGUCCUAGUGAUUUAUUUUCAUUUCUAUAUUUUUUUGGUAACACAUUCUAU